AUGUCUGAAUCGCUCUGCCUUAACUGCUUCACCUUGGGUGAUGAUCCUCGUCCUAAUAAUAUUUUCCCAGUCCACAUUGCGCAGACGCAGAAUGUUGGUGACCUCAAAGAGGUCAUCAAAGACAAGAAGAAGCCAGAAUUUGACCAUAUUGCCGCUCACCGUCUCGAGCUAUGGCAGGUCGACCUGCCUGUCGACGAGACGAUCAAGGACAAACUCAACAAUCUUACACUGGACCCAACGAAAUCCCUAUCACCUGUGGAUGAAAUCGUUGAGAUUUUUCCCGAUGCUCCUCCGUGCAAGUAUCUGCAUCUUAUUAUCCAAUGCCCGCCUGCCAUGUCUUCUGGACCACUCCACCUCAAAUGCUUUAUGAUGGGUGAUGAUCCUUGCCAUGUAUUUGAGAUCGAGAUUGCACCAACAGAAAGUGUCAGCGGCCUCCAAAAGGUUAUCAAGGGCGCGAAGAUGUGA